GUGUUCUCAGUGAACGGGCCAAACACGGACCACCAACAGCAACUCAAUUGUCGCUUUCGCAGCAUAGAUACCUACCCACACCCACUAUGUCUGACAGGUUCACCGCCGAGCACCGUCGCUCCAACUUCAAGUCCAAGGGGCUUUUCAAGCAGGAUGAGCUCCGUCGUCGUCGUGAGGAGGCUCAGGUUGAGAUCAGAAAAGCGAAGAGGGAGGAGUCUUUGGCGAAGAGGAGAAACAUGGCUGUCGCCUCUGCUGUUGGCGAUUUGGACAGUGAUGACGAGGAAUUGGGUGUCGGAGAAUCUCAGCUUAACGAUGAACUCCCUCAGAUGAUGGCUGGUGUCUUCUCCGAAGAUAUCGAGCAGCAAAUCGCCGCAACCACCAAGUUCCGCAAGCUUCUCUCCAAGGAGCGCAACCCACCAAUUGAGAAGGUUAUCGAGUGCGGUGUCGUUCAGCGUUUCGUCGAGUUCUUGCGCAGCCCCCACACCCUCGUUCAGUUUGAGGCCGCCUGGGCAUUGACCAACAUCGCUUCCGGUAGCUCCAGUCAGACGCAGGUCGUCAUGGAGGCUGGUGCCGUCCCUAUUUUCGUUGAGUUGUUGAGCAGCCCUGAGGCCGAUGUCAGGGAGCAGGCUGUCUGGGCUUUGGGUAACAUCGCCGGUGAUUCGCCGCAGUGCCGUGACUUCGUCCUUCGCGCUGGUGCUCUGCGUCCUCUCUUGGCCUUGUUGAGCGACUCUCGCAAGUUGAGCAUGCUCCGCAACGCUACCUGGACCUUGUCCAACUUCUGCCGUGGAAAGACCCCUCAGCCCGACUGGGGCAUGAUCGCUCCUGCUUUGCCUGUGUUGGCUAAGCUCAUCUUCUCCUUGGACGAUGAGGUUUUGAUUGAUGCAUGCUGGGCUAUCUCUUACCUCUCCGACGGUUCCAACGACAAGAUCCAGGCCGUUAUCGAGGCCGGUAUCCCCCGUCGCCUUGUCGAGCUCUUGAUGCACCAGUCCACCUCUGUCCAGACCCCGGCAUUGCGUUCUGUCGGUAACAUUGUCACUGGUGACGACGUUCAGACCCAGGUUAUCAUCAACUGCGGUGUUCUCCCUGCAUUGCUCUCCCUUCUUUCCAGUAGCAAGGACGGCAUUCGCAAGGAGGCUUGCUGGACUAUCUCCAACAUCACUGCCGGUAACUGCGCCCAGAUCCAGGCUGUCGUUGACGCCAACAUUAUCCCUCCUCUCAUCCACUUGCUCCAGAACGCCGACUUCAAGACCAAGAAGGAGGCAUGCUGGGCCAUCUCCAACGCCACUUCUGGUGGAUUGGCCAAGCCUGAUCAGAUUCGCUACCUUGUUCAGCAGGGCUGCAUCAAGCCCCUCUGUGAUCUUCUUACCUGCAUGGACAACAAGAUCAUCCAGGUUGCUCUUGAUGGUCUGGAGAACAUUCUUAAGGUCGGUGAGAUGGACAAGGAGCAGUACGGUGGUACGAACCAGUACGCCCUCUUCAUUGAGGAGGCUGGUGGUAUGGAGAAGAUUCAUAACGCCCAGAGCUCCAGUAACGAGGAGAUCUACUUGAAGGCAUACAACGUCAUCGAGAGGUACUUCGGUGAGGAAGAUGUGGAUGACACUGGUUUGGCUCCUCAGACCGGUGAGGGAGGUCAGUUCACUUUCGGUGGUCUCGAGGAGAACGUGCCGUCGGGUGGUUUCCAGUUCGCUGGCGGUAACGACUCUAUGAUGCAGUAGUAAGUGGUUUCUUAUGAUGCGAGAAAGACUUGUGUUGCGAGAGAGGUAUGAUCUAGAGAGUGUCCUGUUCGUGGACUCUC